ACGAAAAUACACGCUGGAGCCAUGAAUCAAACUCCGUCAUGUGACGGAGGGGAGGUGCUGGGCUGGCUCCCAGCCAGUGGUAGGAGCUGAUGGGUGGAACAAACGGGGCAUAAAAAGACUAAUAUGACUAACGGAUCCUGGAUGCGUGGUACCUCUAUUUGGAUCUACAGGAAUGUGGGCUCUGGCAGUUCUGCAGCUCUACCAGCCCUCUGCCUGACACUGGAACUGCUGCUCACAAAGUAGAAUCCUGCUGCUCUGUGGUAGGAAGGAUAGAGAAAGAACAUGGCCUGCAUUUUGAAGAGAAAGUCCAUUGUUGCUGUGAGUUUCAUUGCAGCUUUCCUCUGCCUAAUCAUAGUCCGUCUCACAAAUGAAGUAACUUUCCCUUUGAUCCUAAACUGCUUUGGACAAACCAGUGUCAAGUGGAUCCCAUUUUCUAAUGGCCAAAGGCAUCCUCUGAGAACUCACUAUGGAUAUAUAAACGUAAAAACGCAAGAGCCUCUGCAGCUUGACUGUGACCUCUGUGCCGUCGUUUCAAACUCGGGCCAGAUGGCUGGCCAGAAGGUGGGGACCGAGAUAGACAAGUCCUCCUGCAUAUGGAGGAUGAACAACGCUCCCACGAAGGGCUACGAGGAAGACGUGGGGAAAAGGACAACCAUCAGAGUGGUCUCUCACACCAGUGUGCCUCUCCUGCUCAAGAACCCCGAGUACUUUUUCAAAGAAACCAACAGCACUGUUUACGUGAUCUGGGGGCCUUUUCGGAACAUGAGGAAGGAUGGGAAUGGCAUCGUGUACAACAUGCUGAAGAAAACCGUUGACAGCUACCCCAGUGCCAAAAUCUACGUGACGACGGAGAAGCGCAUGAGUUACUGCGACGCGGUGUUCAAGAGGGAGACAGGAAAAGACCGAGUCCAGUCAGGUUCAUAUCUCAGUACGGGUUGGUUUACCUUAAUUUUGGCUAUGGAUGCCUGCUAUGGAAUUCACGUCUAUGGGAUGAUAAAUGACACCUACUGCAAGUCAGACGGCUUUCGUAAAGUUCCCUACCACUAUUACGAGCCAGGAAGAGAUGAGUGCGAGGAAUACUUUCUCCAUGAAAACGCUCCAUAUGGAGGCCAUAGGUUUAUCACGGAAAAGAAGGUGUUUGCUAAGUGGGCCAAGAAGCAAACAAUAAUAUUUACACAUCCCAACUGGACAGUGUCUUGAUACUGGUUUUCUUAACUCUCCCUUAACAGCAUAUUACAAAAAUGUCUCAGUUUACAAUAGUUUUGCUUACAUCUGGCUGGCCUUUCUCAGCCUGGGCAACACUAAACUAAAAACCAGAAGGCAAAGAGGGUGAUGGUUCAGCUGCUAAGCAAAAUUAAUCAUCUGUGGAAGGUAGACACAUUGUUUGUUACUUCUUAGGGUUUUACUCCACACUAUGCACUUUAUACUUUAACUGGAUUUUACUUCAAGGCAGGAGCAGUUAAACACAGAGGAGAUUUCCUCUAUAUACAGGUGCACACAGAGAACAUGGUGAUCCUUUGAAACUUGUCCAUCAUCUCAGAUAUUUAAAAUUAGUAUGUAUAGCUCAUUGACAGUACUGCAGCACUAGUUUCCUUUCUGGUAUUAGCAGAAAUUUUCAACAAGAGAAAUAUGAGGAAAAAAUAUAGACCUCCAAGGUCCAUAAGUCAGUAAAUUAAAAUAAAAAACAAACCAAAAUCAGCUGAAUGCAUUGAUACAUGUGAGCACUUGCAUAUAUGGUAAAAUUAGAGAUGAGCUAAACAUGGUUCUUGAACUGCUCACAACUCUUGCAUGAGAAGAUGCUGCUUGCUCAAGGCUCCUGAUUAAUUCAUAAGUUCUGAAAUGCAGCUUCCUUCUGCCUUGGUCAGGCUGCACCAUCUGGGACAAUGCAGUUUGUGAUUUUUGAAGCCAUUGUCCCUCUGUUUAGCUCCAGCAGCAUGGCACUCAGAAAAGACUGUGUUUUGCAGCCCACGGUGAACCUUUGGCUGUUGUACCAAGUCUGCUGUCAGUAUCCAAACCCAUGAGUGAAAAGUUGUCUCAUGAAUAUCUCCAUUUACUCUAGUUGUGCCUUUGAGUUGCUCCAACAUCCAAAUAACAGUAUUUUGACAGUAUUUCCCAUGCAGCCAUCAUAAUUUAUUUUAGAUCUCCAGUUUCUCCAGCUUUAAAAACAGGGAUAGUGUCUAUCUACCUCACAAGGGAGUUGUGAGGACUAAUUUAAUUUAAUUUAAAGCACUUUCCUGAUGAAGAAUGCUACAGAUCAUUUAUUCUUAACACAAAAACAAUGGUACCUGUCAUUUAUUCUUGUCUGUUGGGUAUUUGAAGAAAGUGACAGCAUGUCUGGAUCUGAUGGCGAAUUGUUCUGUGCAUCCGCUUUCCUACUGAGGAUAAUUUGUAAUACUGAGUUGUCUCAGCUUGCAUUGCUUCAGAUGAAGUUGAAAGAACUCCCCACCUCACAGCAUUAGCUGCACAUCAAGAGGCAGUUCAAGAAUUUUAAAAUAUACUCAUCUCUAAUUUAAAUAUGUAUUUCCAAACUUACUGUCAUGGAAAGUUUUCAGCUGCAGCAAACUCAAUUGUAAUAUGACCAUAAUUCAACUACACAUGUGAGUUUUAUUUAAACUGUAUUUAAACUAAUGCUUUAAGUUUAGAAUGUGUCCUAUGAAUAUUUGAACAUCUGGAAUGUCAGAUUCAACACUGUAAUAGCCAAUACUGUGAACACUUGAAGGAAUUACGUGUGGAACAUGUCACACAGGGUUUACUCACACUACUUAAACAUUAACCAACAGGAAACUUUGUAUGCUUUUGUAAAUCAUGAAAAGGGGAAAGUAAAAUAGCUAUUUUUACAUGUAAGUAUUUGUAUACUGACUAUUUCCUAUUGUAUAUUUGUAUAUAUAAAUCUAUAUUUUAUAUGUUCAUCGCAUAUAUAUUCUGUCAUCAACAGCUGCAACUCUUAGAAUGGGGAGGAAAUCUCUUCACCACUGUUCCUCCUCCUGACUGUUGGUUUCUUGUUCCUGUUGGUACGUGAUGCCAGGGUAUCAUCUCUGUCACCCCUUCUGUUUUCUACUCUAAAUGCAGCUUUCUGGUUUUAUUUUUUAAUAUAGCUCAGCUUUCACUGUUUACUUUAGUACUCCAAGUAUUCAUGGUGGUUGUCAGACAGAGGCUGGGGCCACGCUUAUGAUCCUGGAUAAACAUCUAUAUUUAAAUACAGGCUUUGUCCCAGACUUCUUGCAUGACUUGAUGUCUCACCUUCAUGUUUGGAAAAGGAGAACCAUAGUAUUUUCCUGCUCCCUUUCUUGUGUGACUUUCUUGUAAGCUGUUGAGAUGAAUAUUCCCAUUUUCAAUUUAUUUGUAUAAUGCCUUGCAGGAGAGGUACCCAAAAUAUCUGAAAACUACAGGCAAUGCUAUAAUAUGCAGAUAAUUUGAAGUGGCUGCUGGUUGUCUGUGGAGUCAAAGAUCAGUUGUAAGCUAAUAUAACAUGGGAUGAAAUCAAAAGGGGAAAGGGCCAGGGAUGGAUAAAGAGUUGUAGUAGCAAAAGCCAGUGGUCUAAAUCUCUCACCACAUGCAUAUGCAUCUUUUCAGUUCAGAUGGAUGGCUGGAUAUAUGGAAAGCUAAUAAAAUAGUUGUAAUGCAGGAUUUGAAGAAUGCAGGACAUGCAGAACUAGGGAGAAUGUUCCACACAUAUUGUACAGGACAGCCUGAGAAAUUCUAUAGCUUCCUUGAGGGAAGAGGAGCUGAAAAGGAGAAUAUCAGUCAAAUUAAAUUUGUGUUUAGAAGGUCUUUGAGUUAAUAGAAAACUGCUAUGAAAGUGCUGCCCAUGGAUGUGUGGUUGGGCUGGACAGACUUACAUGGAAGUGUCUUCAUGACUGUUUCUCCUGAAUGAGCAUCAGGAUUUUGCCUCAUUUGUGUUCAUGUGCAAGGUGUUUUUUUUAAGCCUGAGAAAGUUUUUCAGAUAAUUAACACUUGCCAAUUCACCGUAAAACUGUUGUAAGAUAUGUGCUUUGUCCCAAAGCUCCUUGAAGAGUGCUUGCAUGCUGCAUGAAACAAUAUCACAAAGGCUAGCUAAGAAAAAUACAGCUCUAAGAGCAGCUAAAUGUACACAUAAUGGAGAACACCAUUAGAGUGCAGUUGUCACAGAGCAAAGUAAAAUAUUGCUCUCUGCCUGGAUUUGCACUAAGAGCAGAUCCCCUUUAGAAACGUGGUAGCAGGCUUCAUUCACAUGAGAGUGAAUGAACAUCACUUCCCUUAUUUAAAUGAAGCUGUCUUUAGCAUAAACUAAAUGCAUAUUUACAUUAGUUUUAUUAUAUGAGUAAGGAACUGUGACCACAGUGUUAAAGAUGAUUCUGCAAAGAAAUUACUUGGUCAAAAUCUGUUAAAAAUCUGUGGUACUGAAGAAAAUCUCGGUACUUGGCUGUGUAGUGAGGGACCUUGAUGAUUCACCUUCUGAGAGCAGUUAAGACAUCAGCUGAGAAUCAUUUAUUAAUUCUUUAAGAUAAAACCUACUACAGUUUACCUGAAUGUAAUCAGAUCCUAAUUGCUUAUUCAUUCAAGCAGCCCUGUUUUAAUCAACUACUCAUGUGUAUAAAACAAGAAGGGAGUUUACCUGAGGUUUUCAAAAUGCAUCUUCACGUUGCUGCUAAUAGGGGAAUACUUACAAAUAGUUUGGCCUUUUUUGGCCAUCAGUCAGCUAAGUAGUCAACAAAUGUUUUCUUUUACAAUUUAGGGGAAUUUAGUACACUUUU